AUGCCGACCACCUCAUCGAGGGCCACUCCCGACAUCUGGACUCCCACCGAAUCCGCCUUCCCCUUCCUCCCAGAAGCAGGAUCAGUGGCCCCACUCGUGGUCGACUGGGGAAUCCUAUCCACCCUCGUCAACCGUCCCUACGAUUGUUUCUCCCUCGUCGCCAAACUCCCGCACAACCAAGUCACGCUCGAGCGUAAGACCGGUGACUUCCGCGCCAUCUCCCACUUUCUGGAAACGUAUCGUGAACUCGCCGUCAGGCAGUCGCUGCUGGAGGACCAAAUCCGCGUCCUCACCGAGUAUCGCGAUGACGCCCUCGAGAAAUGCCGCGAUGCCCUCGAGUACCUCGACGACUGCUCCCUCGUCGUCUCAAAACUCCGAGAGGCGCGCCAAGCGGCAGUCGGGACCAAGUACCCGGAAGGAACCACCUUCCCCACAUCGCUCGUGAAGAGACCCCUGGACACACUUUCCUUCGACGUCCUCCGCACUAUCACCAUGACCACGGCCUGUUUCCUCUGUACGACGGACGACGUCCUGCACACAUCUCACGACCUCGUCGACUGCGACAAGUACGUCUGCCCUAGCUGCGCCACUCCUCACCCUGGUCACAUCCACUCUGCGUGCCCCGCACGAUCUCGCCGACGUGCCGACCCGGAGUACAAGGACCUCCUUGGGGUGGUUCGUGCCCUCUCUCCUUCUUCAGAUCACCUGGCACUCCUUUCCUCUGUCGCCGAGAUUUGCGAUGCCGUCGCGGCCGCCACUACCUACAGACCAGAGGGGAGGACUGGAAACCCUAUCUUCGUCGACGAGACCCCCAUCCCCAGCUGGCCCGAGUAUCAUGUUGUUCGGGGUGGACGAAUCGACGGGGUCUACAAGGACCCCAAGGAGGCACGUCGUAUGGUGGUGUCACGCCCUGCUGGGCGAAUCUAUUCCGUUCCCAACUACCAAACCGCCCUCGACCAGCUGGAUGGCGUAACCCGUUUCCGCAACUGCGUCCUCGAGGGGGCUCGCUCGCCCCACCUGGCUUUACCUGAGCUCAUGACGGAAGCCCGCACGUUU